UUUAACCAUAAGUCUGUUGAAAAUAGUAUAUAUUUAUAAUUUGAUUAUCGAAGAAUUCAAUAUUUCAGGAUUUUUGCUUUCAUCAUUAAUUUAAAUAAAUAAAAACUACACGAGUACAUAUAAACACUAAAUAUGGUAGUCAGGCAAUAUAACGAAGAAUUAAAAUAUUUAGAAAAGAUAAAUCCACAUUGUUGGAAAAUUAAGAAAGGCUUCCAACCAAACAUGAAUGUCGAAGGCGUUUUUUACGUUAAUAGUACCUUAGAAAAGCUCAUGUUAGACGAAUUAAGGAAUUCCUGCCGGCCCGGCAUGACGGGAGGGUUUCUUCCAGGUGUUAAGCAAAUAGCUAAUGUUGCAGCAUUGCCAGGAAUUGUUGGACGAUCUGUCGGUCUUCCGGAUAUACAUUCAGGAUAUGGAUUUGCUAUUGGCAAUAUGGCUGCAUUUGAUACAUCUAAUCCUAAGUCAAUUGUGUCUCCUGGUGGUGUAGGUUUUGAUAUUAACUGUGGUGUACGACUUUUGAGAACUAAUUUACAUGAAAAAGAUGUUCAACCAAUUAAGGAGCAAUUAGCCCAGAGUUUAUUUGAUCAUAUUCCUGUUGGAGUGGGCUCCAAAGGCAUCAUACCCAUGAAUGCUAGAGAUUUAGAAGAAGCUCUAGAAAUGGGCAUGGACUGGUCUCUUAGGGAAGGGUAUGUAUGGGCUGAAGAUAAAGAACACUGUGAAGAAUAUGGUCGCAUGCUUAAUGCUGAUCCAUCUAAAGUGAGUUUAAGGGCUAAGAAGCGAGGUUUGCCACAAUUAGGAACUCUCGGAGCUGGUAAUCACUAUGCUGAAAUACAAGUUGUGGAUGAAAUUUAUGAUAAAUUUGCUGCUGGCAAGAUGGGCUUAGAAAGAAUAGGCCAAGUAUGUGUAAUGAUACACUCAGGAAGUAGAGGGUUUGGUCAUCAAGUAGCAACAGAUGCACUUGUACAGAUGGAAAAGGCUAUGAAAAGAGAUCAAAUUGAUGUUAAUGAUCGCCAACUAGCCUGUGCCAGGAUAAAUUCUGUUGAAGGUCAAGAUUAUUUAAAAGCAAUGGCAGCAGCAUCUAACUUUGCAUGGGUCAAUCGUAGUUCAAUGACAUUUUUAACACGUCAAGCAUUUUCAAAACAAUUUAAAUUGGCUCCUGAUGAUUUAGAUAUGCAUGUUAUAUAUGAUGUUUCUCAUAAUGUAGCCAAAAUAGAAGAACAUAUUGUUGAUGGUAAAGUAAAAACCUUACUUGUCCAUAGAAAGGGUUCCACAAGAGCAUUUCCUCCUCAUCAUCCUCUAAUACCAGUGGAUUACCAAUUGACUGGGCAACCUGUAUUGAUCGGAGGAUCAAUGGGCACAUGUAGUUAUGUGCUAACAGGUACUCACCAGGGUAUGACAGAAACCUUUGGAUCCACAUGUCAUGGAGCUGGCCGUGCUCUAUCUCGUGCUAAAUCUAGACGAAAUAUUGAUUACAAGGAUGUAUUAAGUAAGUUAGAAGGUAUGGGUAUUUCUAUAAGAGUAGCAUCUCCAAAAUUAGUAAUGGAAGAAGCUCCAGAAUCCUACAAAAAUGUGACUGAUGUUGUAAACACAUGCCAUGCUGCUGGUAUCAGUAAAAAGACUGUUAAAUUACGUCCUAUUGCUGUGAUUAAAGGAUAAUUUAAAAUUCAA